GCCCCGGUUGGUGUUAUGGGUUGCCUCAGAUUAGCUUCAAAAUCGCGUCAGAUUUUUAUUUUCUCACGGAAUUUUGCAUCAAGAAGGAGGAGAAGAGAGCCAAAAGUAAAUCUCAAGCGUUAUGAUAAUGUUUACGCCAUUAGUUAUCGAGAACCACCCAAACAGAUAUUUACCGAAGCAAUGGGUGCACUUCGUGCGUACAACAUUUCAUUGGAUGGAAUCACCGAUCAAAUUGUGGAGUUGUAUGUCAGGGUUGACAUGGGAGAAAAAACGAAACAAAAGAUUAAUCCUUUUCACGGUCUUAUGCUGCUUCCCAAACCAUAUGGAGUCGAAAGAAAGGUUCUUGUUUUUGCUAGGGGAGAAGCUGCUGAGGCUGCGAGAAGAGCUGGUGGAAAUUUUGUCGGUGAAGAGGAGCUUAUUCAACAGGUUGCUGAUGGAGAGGUGACAGACUUUGAUCAAUGUUUAUGCACACUGGAAUUUUUGAACAAAAUGAAACCCUUGCAAAAAAUUCUUAGAGAGAAGAUGCCAACUACUCGCAGAGGCACUGCAUCUGAUAACAUUGCGGCUGCAAUCGAUGCGUACAAAAAGGGUCAUCCGUACAGGUGUGACAGAGAGGGAAUCGUCAAUAUUGGAGUGGGAAAGCUCAGCUUUACAGACUCAGAAGUCAGGGUCAAUGCAUCAGCAGUGUUAUCUACACUUGCCACUCACGGAACUGUUACCAAAGGUAAAUUCUUCAGGGAACUUGUUAUUUCAUCUGAAAGAGGGCCAAGCUACCCUCUGGAAAUCGCUGAGUGGGUCAGCUGAUGUACUGAUUGACUUGACAGAAAAUACCACUACACAGCUUUGUGAACAGUUGUGGCAGAACUGACCAAAGACAGCUCUUCAUUGGUCGCAUGGUUAUGGCGGCAAUGUUUCCGGUGGUUGAAAAAGUUCAGCUCCUCUAGCAAGUUGUGUCUCUUUUGGGAUUAUGUGACUUG